CUUUGUGUCACGACGGACUGUCGGGUCCAGUUUUGCCUCGACGACAUCUGUGCCCCACCAGAACUGUUUAGACCAAGUGACCUAUCACAACUGGGGUUUGUUGUGAGACUGUCGUGCUCUCCACCUCAGGAUUACAGCGUCUGGUUUGUUUCGUUUAGUUUAACACGUUCGAAAAGUCCAAGGCAUGCCCGGUGACGAUGCCUAUGCGCCCAAGAGCCCGGACCUGUCGUCCUUUUACUCUGCGGGCCCCACACCUCAGGUGGAUCCUACAGAGACCCAGCAAUUGUUUUUACCACAGCAAUCCAAACCAGACUUUUCGCAUCUGCAGUAUCCGUAUUCUUCAAGCUCUCAUCCAAACCAGCAGCGCUACCAAAUCCCAGCACCGCCACAUAGCUUCGCACACCGACGCCCUACAGAGUACCCAAUUACCAGCCAAUCACCGGGACCUAAUGUCGGUGUAGGACAUCCAUCAGCCGCGCAGGCCGAACACUACCCCCCUCGUGCAGCUAGCUAUCCCACCACCGGAUAUUCAACGAGUGGUACCGGUUACACGGGAGCACAGGCUCCGCCAUCGCAGCCGCAGCAGCUGCAGCAGCAGCAGCAACAGCAACAGCAACAGCAACAGCAAUUCUACAGUGCUCAGUACCAGUGCUCUCCCUCUCAGCAGUUCUCUACAAGCCACCUCACUGCUGCCCACGUGCACGUGCGCCAGCCCUACGAUUACCCCAGCGCUGCCGCUGCCACAGCAGCAGAACUUUCCCGAGACCAACAAUUCCCCGCCACAAACCAUCCCGACGCGAUGCCCCCAAGAAGAGCGGCAGCGGCAGCCGCGGCGGCCGUCGUAGCCGCGCGGGCGGCCUCUGAAGACGCGCCGGAGUCGCACCAACAAGAAUCAGCCACAGGAGAAGGAGGUGUCGCCAGCACGAACACGAUCGAGCCGUCGCCGGUCAAGACCAAGUUCCCGACGGCGCGGAUCAAGCGCAUCAUGCAAGCGGACGAGGAAGUGGGUAAGGUCGCCCAGCAGACUCCGAUUGCUGUUGGCAAGGCGCUGGAGUUGUUCAUGGUGGCGCUGGUGACGAAGAGCGCCGAGGUGGCGCGGCAGCGCAACUCGAAGCGCGUGUCGGCGCAGAUGCUGAAGCAGGUUGUGGAGUCGGAUGACCAGUGGGAUUUUCUGAGGGAUAUCGUGGGCAAGGUUGAGGCGGAUGAGAAGAAAGGCGGUGCGAGUCAGAGUGGGAGGGCUACUCAUAAGGGGGAGGCUAGUGGGACGGAUGAGGAAGGGGGUGGUGCUGGGGAGGGUGCUGCGGCGGGGAAGAAGAGAAGAGGAGGCGGGAGGAAAAAAAAAGUUCAGUAGCGUCUUCGAGAUGGUUGGGAAUGGUAGAAAGGGACUGUGUCUUCGCCUGGGGGACGAGAGGGUGCCAGGAGACAACUGAUGAACGAGCAUGGAACUGUAGGGUAAAUGACAUUCACGAAUGGGAAAUGGGCGGGCGUCGGAGCGGCGGUCAAUUCGAGCAUGGUUUAAAGGG